AUGGCCACCGGAGAUCGCAAAUUGAAAUUGAAUGCCUUCUUCCUCCCAUACUUCGCCACAAGCCACUUAAUUCCUCUGGUUGACACAGCCAGGCUCUUCGCCUCCCGCGGGGUUAACGUCACCAUCAUCACUACCCCAGCCAACGCCGUCUUGUUCCAACACUCGAUAGAUCACGAAAACUCCUCCGGCGGCCACCGCAUCACUGUUCGAACGGUGAAGUUCCCAUCGGCCGAAGUUGGUGUUCCGGAAGGCAUCGAGAACUUCAGCGCCGUUACUUCAAUGGAAAUGGCUGGUAAAGUCGGCCAAGGCAUCCAGUUGCUCCAAAAACUCUUCGAGCAAAUGAUUCGAGAGGCUCACCCCGAUUGUAUAGUCUCCGACAUGAUGUAUCCUUGGACGGCCGACGUCGCCCGGGAGAUGGGAAUUCCAAGGCUCGCCGUGUACGCAACCAACUGCUUCUACCACUCUACUUCGCAUAGCUUGAAGCUCUUCGCUCCUCAUGACAAGGUACAGUCUGAAACUGAGACUUUUGUAAUUCCGGGUCUUCCCGACAAGAUUGAGAUGACGAGGGCUAGGCUACAAGAUUAUGCUAAGACAAAAACCCAGUUUGGAGAGUUGAUAAAUUUGGUAAAAGAGUCAGAGCUUAGAAGCUACGGCAUUAUUUUUACUAGUUUCUCUGAGCUUGAACCGGCUUAUGUUGACCACUAUAAGAAUGUCAUGGGAAGGAAGUGUUGGCACAUCGGCCUUGCCUCUCACUUUCUUAACAGAAUGAAGGCUGGGCAAGAAGAAAUUAGAAACUCCGUUAAUAAUACACAGAAGCACAGUUCUUUGAGUUGGCUUGACAAUCACAAGCCCAACACAGUCCUCUACGUUUGUUUUGGAAGCAUGAUACACUUUUCAGGCAGCCAACUUGCCGAAAUGGCAUCGGCUCUUGAAGCCUCAGGGCAUCCGUUUGUUUGGGUGGUGAGAAAAUCGUGGAACGCUGAAGAGCAAGAAGAGGAUUGGUUGCCAGAAGGGUUUGAAGAAAGAAUGAAGGAAGCCAACAAGGGUCUGAUUAUCAGAGAUUGGGCCCCACAGCUGUUGAUCUUGAAUCACCAGGCGACCGGAGGGUUCAUGACUCACUGCGGCUGGAACUCUUCGUUAGAAGGGAUCACUGCCGGCGUGCCUCUAAUCACAUGGCCGUUGUUUGCGGAGCAAUUCUUCAAUGAGAUGCUCAUAAGUCGGAUCCUGAAGAUCGGAGUUGAAGUCGGGUCGGAUGUGUGGAACGCCGGGUUUGACAUAAAGAGCCCGGUUGUGGGAAAAGAUAAGAUCGUGAAGGCUAUAACUUGCUUGAUGGGUAGCUCAAAGGAAGGCCAUGAGAUGAGACGGCGGGCGGAGGAGAUUGCUGCGAUGGUGAAGAGUUCAGUGGAGGAAGGUGGGUCGUCGUACUCUGAUUUGGAUGCUUUGAUUGGGGAGAUCACAGCUUGUGCUUCUCAAAAAUUGGAAAGAGUAGCUUCAAAUUAA